ACGCCAACAUCGUCCACCUCUAACACGUCUCCACUAUCUACGCCAACAUCGUCCACCUCUAACACGUCUCCACUAUCUACGCCAACAUCGUCCACCUCUAACACUACGCCAACAUCGUCCACCUCUAACACGUCUCCACUAUCUACGCCAACAUCGUCCACCUCAAACACGUCUCCACUAUCUACGCCAACAUCGUCCACCUCUAACACGUCUCCACUAUCUACGCCAACAUCGUCCACCUCUAACACAUCUCCACUAUAUACGCCAACAUCGUUCACCUCUAACAUUGUCUCCACUAUCUACGCCAACAUCUUCCAUCUCUAA